UACAACAAAAAACACCAAAGGUGACACCCUUUGAUACCUUUUGGUGACAAAAAUUUGGUGUUGACACGGAUUAUACUCAACGGUGACAAAUAAUUUUACUGCUUGUCACUGAAAACCUUUGGGUGGCCAGGGUAGAUAAUGAGGAGAUUUGGUGACAAAAUAUUUGUCACUGAAGACAAAUUUUGGUGACAAGUAUAAAGUUGUCACAGAAAGUUCGAAUGAGGAGAUUUGGUGACAAAAUAUUUGUCACUGAAGACAAAUUUCGGUGACAAGUAUUAAGAUGUCACCAAAAGAUCCCAAUUUUCGCGCGGCAAGGGAAAAAGAAGAAGACAAAAGCGGCACCGUUUGGGCAAAAGAGGGAAUACAAGUCUUACAAAAACCUAGCCACUUUUUCUCCUCUCCUCUGAUUCCAGUCCCCACUCUCCACAGUCCACACCAGGGAGGCAGCGACGCCGCCCACUCCCGCACUCCGCCCGCGCCGACGUCCACUCCUCGUCCCGCAGACGAUCGAUCCACACGGCAGUCCACUCCUCCUCUCGCCGACGAUCGACCCACACCCACAGUGGUACCACUGGGUGUACCUGAAGCAUUAAUGAAAGCAGGGGCUGUAUACAAAUAUGAUUUAUCACUUCCUAUUGAAAAGAUGUAUGAUCUUGUUGAUGAAAUGCGAAUGCUUCUAGGUCCUGCAGCCAAAGUAGUCGGCUAUGGACACCUUGGAGAUGGUAACUUGCAUCUUAAUAUAUCACUUCUGGAGUAUGAUGAUAUUGUUUUAGGCCAAGUUGAACCGUUUGUUUACGAAUGGACAUCUAAGCACCGCGGGAGUAUCAGUGCUGAGCAUGGCCUGGGACUGAUGAAAGCUAAUAAGAUUCACUACAGCAAAUCUACUGAAAGUGUGCACUUAAUGGUUUCCAUCAAGAAGUUGCUUGUCCCCAAUGGGAUACUCAACCCAUAUAAAGUUCUUCCUUCAUCCCUCACGUCCUAAACUUGAGGUGAGAAAGUUGUUUUUUUGGACCUUUUUAACUCUAAAUGGUCACAUUUUUUACUUCUAUCCUAAUUCCUAACUACUAGUUUUAUCGUAGCAAGUUUGUUGUUUUAUGGGAAGUACUCAAUUUAUGAAAAUUUAAGGUACCAAACUGAAUACAAGUUCUUAGGGGCAUGCCGCAGUAUUUUUUACUUCUAUCCUAAUUACACUGUAUUUGUUCAUCGCCUCAUCCUUAAAGUUCGAAUUUGAUUUCAAUUCCUUCAUGGCAUUCGAACUUCAUUCUCUUGCACAACUUUUAACACCAAAAUCACUCAAAAAUAUUAAGAGCUUGACUCAUUCGAAGUCGGGCUUUUCUGUGUUGUUCGUGGCUGGAAAUCAGUCACUUGUUGGGCUUCCCGUGGUGAAUCUACUUAGAGUUUCCGUCUCCAAUUAUUUUUUGGAAAUCUCAUUGUUAGAUAUCUAUCAUUGAGCGUUGGUUUCACACUUUUUGGAUCUCAAAUGAAUUAGUUAUGAUUUUUGCAUUAAGAUGUGUCGCUUUUUGGACAUUGCGCGAUCUCGGUAUUUAGCCUAAGCAUGUUCAACUAUUUUCACCUCCAAUUGAACCACUCAGUCAUUUUAUGGCCUGUUCAAUACUCAUUUUUGGCAUACUUAAAAGAGCCAAAUGUUCCAUGAUCGAAAAUCCUUCAUUGGAAACCUUACUUUCGAUCAUCUUGACAUAUAGGUGGGCGAUUGAGUUCAAUAGCGAUAGUUAAGCUUACACUUAGAGCACAGCACGUUGAUACUAGAUAUAACUUGUUGAUGGUUGUUUGUAUCUUGGUAAAUUCAUAGGGCUUGAAUUGUGGUUGUGAAGCUUACUCGCAAGCCGAAACGCAUAUAAAUUCUAGCAACCAGUGUGAGUAUAUCAAUGCCUUAAUUACCUUAUUCUUGCCUUAUUCUUAUAAACUGUCAUCUUCUGAUAGUUUUAAAAGUGUGAUAAAGCUUGAAUUAAUGUUGUUCAUGAGUCGGACACGUGUCUGAAGUGUGUCCAUGUCUUACACAUUUUCGACACCGAUUCUGGCAAAGUUUUGCUGCUAUGUAGAUUGCAUAUCAUCGAUAUUAUGUAGAAUGACAUCAAAAUUUGGGUUGGAUAGCUCGCUUAGUCACUCAUGAGUCGAGCCAUAAUUUGUUAAAUAACAACUUGGAGCAAAAGCUCUUUCUUUUUUAGAACCUUUCGUAGGCUUGACAUGUUACAUAAUUGCGCUUUUUUUUUUUUUUGCAAUUUUGUGCAGGUAAGGAGAUGGAGUUGCUUUUUGACAGUUUGGCCAAGACGGAGUUGAAGACUUUUUGGUAGUUAAAUGGAAUAGCUAUUUUGAGUUCUUUUUGUCAUUGGACACACCAUGGAUAUGGACAUUUUGUAGCUUCGGUAAUGCUAUUAAUUUUGAAAUGGUUAUUGUUGUAGGAUGAAUGUUUUGAAGGGUUGUGAAGUUGAAUGAUGAAUGUUGACUUAUUGGAUAUUUGAUUUGAAUGAGAUUUUGCUUCUUCGCAA